GCCAAAGCCGGAGGGCGGGGGCAGUGCCAAGAUGGCGGUGGCGCUGCCCGAACUGAAGCAGAUUAGCCGGGUGGAGGCGAUGCGUUUGGGGCCGGGCUGGAGCCACUCCUGCCAUGCCAUGCUGUACGCCGCCAACCCCGGGCAGCUCUUCGGCCGCAUCCCCAUGCGCUUCUCGGUGCUGAUGCAGAUGCGCUUCGACGGGCUGCUGGGCUUCCCCGGCGGCUUCGUGGACCGGCGCUUCUGGUCGCUGGAGGACGGGCUGAACCGGGUGCUGGGCCUGGGCCUGGGCUGCCUGCGCCUCACCGAGGCCGACUACCUGAGCUCGCACCUGACCGAGGGCCCGCAGCGCGUCGUGGCGCACCUGUACGCGCGGCAGCUGACGCUGGAGCAGCUGCACGCCGUGGAGAUCAGCGCGGUGCACUCGCGCGACCACGGCCUGGAGGUGCUGGGGCUUGUGCGUGUCCCACUGUACACCCAGAAGGACCGCAUGGGGGGCUUCCCCAACUUCCUCAGCAACGCCUUCAUCAGCACUGCCAAGUGCCAGCUCCUCUUUGCCCUCAAGGUGCUCAACAUGAUGCCUGAGGAGAAGCUGGCUGAGGCCUUGGCCGCCGCUACUGAGAAGCAGAAGAAGGCCCUGGAGAAGCUGCUGCCAGCAUCCUCCUGAGGGGCGCUGCCCCGGCUUUGUCGAUCGCCCUGCCCCAGGUUCCCUGUGCCCUUGGGCUGAGACUCUACCCCGUGGAAGUGUGUCUCCUAGCGCGCAAACGUGUGUGUGUUUGACCCCCUGCUGACUGCCUGGGGCCAGUGGGCACCUUGUCGUUUCUUAUCCUGAGCAGUCCCCUCGGCCCGCUGGAACUCAGGUUUGCAGGGCUGGACAGCCUGGGUGUACCAAGCCAGGCUCUCACCCGCCCCACGACACUUGUUCUCCUCUGAGUCUCUGUCCCUGGGCAGGUGGAGGCCUUAGGCUGAUUCCCCAGGUGUUGCGGUGCCACACUCAGUCCUUCCAUGGGCAGUUUGUUCCCUUGGAGGACGCCUUUGUCCAGGUUGACUCAUUCCUGCGUCGCUCCCAGGGCCUGAGAGCCAGGCGGGGUAGGGUGUUGUACUGUUAGUCUUGGUUCUCCCUGGAUUUACUGGGUUAGACUUUCUCUUCGACUUUCUCACUGCAGUGAGGCUGGGCUUGGUUCCAGAGGGCAGUCGGGGCCAAGGGCCCACUGUGUGUGCCUUGUUCAAGAGGAAGACAAAUAAAGUAGCUCUUAAGCUGC